AUUGUAUUUAAAUAUUGCUGUCUAAUUGUUAUAUCUUGAGUUCAAAGUGUUGUUUGAUAUAACAUAAUAGGUGUUAUUAUGACAUUUUUUUAAAUAGGCUAACAUGAAGUGUUUCACGCGGAAAAUUCUUGAGCAGCGUGUCCUCGGGCUUUUACAAUGUGAAGAUCAUUAACAAGUAGAAACUUGAAUAUACUGUGCAUUUUCUUCAGUUCUCCCAUGACUUUUGGCCAACCUUUCUUUGUUACCAUAUAACUAAUUCUGUCAUGGAGACAGAGAAAAAUACACCAGACUACCCCUCUGCCCUUCCCCUGCCCACCUGUUGCACACAGACAAACAGUUGUACAUUGCAUUGUUACAAACUGGUGGACAACUGCUCCGGUUUGCUCUGUCUGGCAGGGAUGAUCUACUUCAACAGAAGGCUGUGCUUCCUCUCCUUUGAAUUGCAUUCCUCUGAUCUCACAUCAGUCUCUCAGGAGCUCACUCAGAUGGCUUUGCUCUGUCAGGAUUCUGAUCUCACUGCAGAUUUAGACCUCUUGGCUAUGUGGUGCCCUUUGGUUGGAAUUUGGAAUUAGGAUAUUAGUAUCUGCGUCUUGACUGCACUUGCCGAAAAUGUAUUUGUUGGUAUUUGCUAACCUAGAUAUCCUACACCCACCUGUCUACCCACCCACUGCUCUAUAACUUGAAUCAGGCAGGUGAUAAGGUAGAAGGCAGGACCUCCGUGUACAUUCUGCGGCGCUGCUGUAGUUCUGUCACGCCAUCUUAGUUUUGGUUGUGUCUUGUGUUUUUGGUUUUGCUCCACGUCAUGUUUCAUGUUUGUCUUGUCAUGUGUAUUUGUUUCCAUGUGUUAUGUUCCAGGUUUUUGUCAUGUCCUGUUUUAUUUUGAAAGCGUCACUUCCUCAUGUGUCUCUGUUUCAUGUAACUUUACUUCAGUUCCCCUUGAUUGCUUGCUCCUCCCGAAUGUGUUGCACCUGUGUUUUAUUGUCUUGUCUAUUUAGUCCUCGUCUUCCAGGUCGCGUUUGUCGGUUCGUUGCCUUUGCUUGCGUUUGCGUUGUCUUCAUGCCAGGGAUUUGGUUUGUCUUGUAAUGCCAUGUUUUGUUGCCACAGUUUUCAUGAUCCUGUUGCCACACUCUUUCAUGUGGCGUACAUCCUCAUCAAGUUUGCUAAUUCACCUCGUCCUGACCUCUGGGUGCUGGAGCGCUCUGUAGACAACGGGAGAACCUUCACCCCCUGGCAGUAUUUUGCACAUUCAAAGCACGAAUGUAUCGAAAGGUUCAGAAAGCAGCCCAAUGCUCGUAUAAUAAAUGAUGAUGACCAGCUUUGCACCACAGAAUACUCACGGAUAGUCCCUUUGGAGAACGGAGAGAUUGUAGUGUCUUUGGUCAAUGGUCGACCGGGUUCCAGAAACUUCACCUACUCGCCAGUGCUGCGAGACUUCACGAAGGCCACCAACAUCCGCCUGCACUUCCUCCGGACCAGUACCCUGCUGGGCCACCUGAUCUCCAAGGCCCAGAGAGAUCCCACCGUCACACGCAGGUAUUACUACAGUAUAAAAGACAUCAGCGUCGGGGGACGCUGUGUUUGUCAUGGGCAUGCACAGGUGUGUGGUGGGGGGCGUAACCAGGACAAUCCAAACAGACUCCAGUGUGAGUGCCAACACAACACCUGCGGUGAGUCAUGUGACCGCUGCUGCCCAGGCUUUAACCAGCAGCCAUGGCGUGCCGCAACUGUUGACAGCCCCAAUGCAUGUCAGCCUUGCCAGUGUUUCUCACAUGCCUUUGACUGUUAUUACGAUCCAGAGGUGGAAAGGAGGGGAGCAAGUUUAGACACCUUUGGCAGAUAUGAUGGAGGAGGAGUGUGUAUCAACUGCCAGCACAACACUGCUGGAGUGAACUGUGAGAGAUGCCUUGAAGGUUUCUACAGACCUUUUGGAGUACCUCCGGAGUCUCCUACUGGAUGCAUACCCUGCAGGUGUGACGAAAGGAGUACAGCUGGAUGUGAAAUGGGGUCUGGAAAGUGUGUCUGCAAGCCACAAUUUACUGGAGAAAACUGUGAUCGCUGUGCUGACGGGUACUACUACUACCCUCAGUGCAUACCAUAUCCCGUCUACCAGACGACCACCAAAUCCCCUGCAGGACCUAUUGUGGGGCCCAAUGCCUGCCCUGUGGGUUAUUUCGGCUCUCCAAGCUGUCAACCGUGUAUAUGUGACUACAGAGGGACAGUGUACAGGGUGUGCGAUUCUUCAGGACGCUGCCUGUGCCGUCAGGGUGUGGAGGGGGAGCGAUGCGAUCGCUGUCAACCAGGAUACCACUCUUUCCCAAACUGCCAGGUGUGUCUUUGUGACGGCGCUGGUGUGGCUGAGAGUGUGUGCAGUCCGAGUGGCCAGUGUGUUUGCUUUCCUAACUAUGGGGGGCAGAAGUGUGACGAAUGUGCACCAGGCUACUAUGGAUACCCAGACUGUGCUGCCUGCCAGUGUUCACAGGAAGGCUCCUAUGGUAACAUAUGCAACCCAGUGUCGGGUCAGUGCCUGUGUCUUCCAGGUGUGGUGGGCCAGCAGUGCGACCGAUGUGCCUCUGGACUCAGGUUCCCUCAGUGCUCAGCCCCCAUUGGUGUGUGCAACGUAGCAGGAACUGAGGUCGCUGAUCUUCAAACAGGCUCCUGUCGCUGCCUACCAAAUGUCGAGGGAACGCUGUGUGACAGGUGUAAACCUCUCUACUGGAAUCUGGCUUCAGAGAACCCUCGUGGGUGUACAGAGUGUCAGUGUGAUGUGAGAGGGACCCUGAGUGGUGUUGGAGAGUGUGAACAGAAAAGUGGACAGUGUCAUUGUAAGCCUAAUGCAUGUGGACAUGCAUGUGACACCUGUAAGGAUGGAUACUUCCUGCUGCAAAAAAAGCAAUACUUUGGUUGUCAAGGUUGCCAAUGUGACGUUGGUGGGGCUCUUGGUAUGGCGUGCGAUGAGAUGUCAGGGCAGUGUCAGUGUCGGAAGAAUGUAGUUGGACGUAAAUGCACUGAGCCAGCACCAAGCUACUAUUUUCCCACUCUACACCAACUGAAGUUUGAGGUUGAGGAUGGCACCACACCAAAUGCCAGACCAGUGCGCUUUGGUUAUAACCCUCAAGAGUUCCCAGAUUUCAGCUGGAGAGGUUACGCUGUAAUGUCUCCUGCACAGAGUGAGGUCAGGCUAACAGUGCAUGUUGACCCAAACAAUGGGAGGCAGCACUUAUUCCGUGUGGUUCUGCGGUUCACUAACCCAAGCAGCACCAGUGUGACAGGUAGCAUCAAGGCUACCAAUAACAGAGGCGCUGCAGCAGGGUCAGAUCAGAGUAAGGAAGUAAUAUUCCCUGAAAGCCCCUCCCCGUCCUUCCUCACUGUCCCAGGAGAGGGCUUCGCUGAGCCCUUUACAUUGACCCCUGGAAAGUGGAUAAUUCACAUAAGGGCAGAGGGAGUUUUGCUGGACUAUUUAGUGCUGCUACCUCGGGAUUACUAUGAGGCACCUUUGCUGCAAGAAAAGAUCACUGAGCCCUGCACAUACAUACCCACUACAAACAGGGAUACAAAUUGUCUGUUGUACAAGCAUGUGCCCAUGGAUGGCUUCAGCUCUGCACUGGGCUCGCAAGGAAAACUGUCCAGCCGCAGAGGGCGCGGGAGGAGGAGGAGGCAGGGUCAUGUGCGGCGUCUCACCCCAAAUCACCCUGAGAUGGCUGCUUUCAGUGGCAGACAGUCGCAGCUCCAACUCAGUCUACGUGUGCCUCGCCCUGGCCCAUAUUCCCUUGUCCUGGAAUAUGCCAGUGAGGUGGACACUGUCCAGAAUGUCAACAUACUCAUCAGUAGCCAGUCAGGUGGACAGACCUCAGCCAGGGCCAACAUUUACAGUUGUGCCUACAGCUUUUUGUGCCGGAGCGUUGCAGUGGACAACAGUAAUCACGUAUCAGUGUUGCAGCUUUCUCACAAGACGGAGGUCCUUCUGCAAACUUCCACUACAUCCUUCCUGCUGUAUAAAGUGUACGCAGUCCCUGCAGAAGACUUCUCCAUUGAGUAUGUCAACCCCAAGGUGCUCUGCGUCUCGACUCAUGGCCGCUACACUGAAGACAGUCGGCACUGCAUUCUGAGGCAAUUCGACAAACCAGCCGCAGCCUGGAUUUUGUCCGCUGCCCGUGAUGGACAGCUGUCUUCAGCACCAGCUGUUUCUCACCGACGGGGAGAAAGUGAGGAUUGGAGAAGGAGACGACAGACUGGGGCGUUCCCUGUCCAUGAACCUCAGAGUGAUGGGAUACUGCUUAAAUUCCCUCAAACGGAGAUCACUUUCACUCCCAGGGUGCCCCUUAUGGGCAGGUAUGUGGCUGUAAUCCAUUAUCACCAGCCUGAACAUACCUCCUUCCCCGUGGAGGUCCGACUUGACCUGUGGCGUGAGUUGAAGGGUUCAAUAAAUGCAUCCUUCUGCCCUGCGGUCUCAGGCUGCAGAGAGGUUGUGAUCGCUGAUGGUCGCAUUGCCCUUGACUUUGACCAAAAUUCUUGGCAGCCGCCCACCAUCUCUGUGAUUGUGCCACCUAGGAAGACAUUUAUUCUGGAUUAUAUCUUGCUGGUUCCUGAUAGCAGUUACACUCCAGAUCUCCUGAAAGAGAAGCCGCUGGAUAAAUCUGCGGAUUUUGUACAGCAGUGUAGAGGAGAAGGCUUCUAUGCUGACCCCAGAACUUCUUCACAGUUCUGCAAAGACUCUGCCCGCUCCCUUACAAUGGCCUAUAAUGAUGGAGCUCUGCCUUGCAACUGUGACAAGUCCGGCUCCACAGGGUCGUCUUGUGAUCCGGUUGGAGGGCAAUGUCCCUGCAGGCAGCACGUCAUUGGUCGACAGUGUACAAAGUGUGCAACAGGAUACUACGGCUUCCCCUACUGCAGACCAUGUGAGUGUGGCCGCCGACUAUGUGAUGAGGUGACAGGAAGCUGUAUCUGCCCUCCUCAGACAGUCAGACCAGCCUGUGAUGUGUGUCAGAGUCAGACUUUCAGCUAUCACCCUUUGCUGGGCUGCGAGGACUGUGAAUGCUCUCCAAAUGGCAUCAAAGUCACCGCAGGGCCUGAAUGUGACCGCAUCACGGGGCAGUGCAGUUGCAAGCCAAGGAUCGGGGGCCGGCAGUGUGAUCGCUGUGCUGCAGGCUAUUAUCGCUUCCCUGACUGUAUUCCUUGUGACUGUAACCGAGGUGGUGUCACACCUGACGUGUGCCACCCAGACACAGGGAGGUGUCUGUGCAAGAGAAAUGUUGCUGGCAUCAAGUGCGAUACCUGCGGGGAAGGUUCCUUCUAUUUUGACCCCUCUAGCCCUCAUGGCUGUACCAACUGCUUCUGUUUCGGAGCGACUGACCGGUGUCAGAGCACCAGCAAACGCAGGGGAAAGUUUGUUGAGAUGCAGGCCUGGCGUUUGGAAAGCCCCGACCAGGAGGAGGUUGCCUCAGUGCUCAAUACAGCCAGUAACACGGUUGUGGCAGACAUUCAGGAGCUUCCUCCUACAGUUCAGACUCUACACUGGGUAGCACCCCCAUCCUACCUUGGAGACAGGGUUUCAUCUUAUGGUGGUUUCCUCACUUAUCAGUCCAAAUCAUUUGGAAUUCCCAGUGAGGGGAUGACUCUCAUAGACCGAAGACCCGACGUCGUGCUGACUGGUCAAGAUAUGACUUUGAUCCACAUGGCUCCUCAAGUCCCACUUCCAGACAGGCUGUAUCAGGGCCGAGUCCAGCUCUUGGAGGGAAACUGGCGCCACGCUGUCACCAACAGGCCUGUCUCCAGAGAGGAAUUGAUGAUGGUCCUAGCCGGUCUGGCUGGCCUGAGGAUCCGAGCCUUGUACUUCAAUCAGAGCCAGCGACUCAGCUUAGGGGAGGUGGGCCUGGAGGUGGCAACUGACACAGGAACUGGUGGUCCUGCAAACACUGUGGAAAAUUGCUCCUGUCCUCCUCAGCACACCGGAGACUCCUGUGAGAAAUGUUCUCCAGGCUACUACAGAGAUGGCAGUGGACCUUACCUGGGCCGCUGUGUGCCCUGCGAGUGCAACGGUCUGGCUGAUGAGUGUGAGGAGAGGACAGGGAGGUGCCUGAACUGUCGGUACAACACAGCUGGGGAUCGAUGCGAACGCUGCAAAGAAGGCUACUAUGGAAAUGCGGCACAGAGGACAUGCAGAGCUUGCCCGUGCCCGUUCAGCGUGCCAACAAACAACUUUGCAGUAGGUUGCAGAGAGAUCUUUGGAGACUUCCAGUGUAUAUGCAGAGCAGGCUACACUGGAGACAAGUGUGAGAGCUGUGCUCCUGGUUACUUUGGUGAUCCGCUGAUACCAGGAGGAAGUUGUCAGCCCUGUAAUUGCAAUGGCAAUGGUAACAACUGUGAUCCUAAGACUGGAGUUUGCAAGAACACACUGGAGCCUGGAGAUACAAACACUGAUGAGAGCUGCCAAGAUUGUGAUAAUUGUGCCGUGACUUUAAUGCAUGAUCUGGAGAAGCUGGAUGAAGAACUGGAAAGGAUCAAGGCUCAGCUGGACAAUGCCACUGCCAGCGCCUCCUCUCAGGACAGGCUGAAGAAGCUGGAGAAAGCCGUGUCGGAUACCAAGAUUCUUGUCAACAAAUUCAGCUCCGCAAUUAACACCCAAACGUCUAAGGUCAACCAGCUGGAAAAGGACAUGCUCAACCUCUCAGAUGACAUCAGCUCCCUCAAAGACAAGGCAGAUAACAGGGCUGCUGAUGCUGACGAAGCAGUGGCAGAUGUUGAAAAAACCCACAAGAGGGCUAAAGAUCUGGACUCAGAGAUUCGAACCACCCUCAAGAAAAUCCAAGCCCUACUGGACCAGUUGAAGGAGUCAACCACCAGUGGUGACACGGUGCCCAAUGAAAACCUAGCUAAAAUGCUAGAGGAUGCUCAGCGCAUGGUGAGAGAGAUGCAGAACAGGAACUUCACCCCUCAGAAGACUGCUGCAGAGAAAGAAAGAGACGAGGCCAAGAAACUGCUAGACUACAUCAAGGCUAAUGUAAGUAAGCAGUGUGAUGACAAUGAAGCUGCAGCUGAGAGAAUUCGGGGGCUCUUGAACAGUUAUGAGGACAAGCUGGAUGACCUGGACAAGGCUCUGAAGGAAGCGACAGACUUGGUGAAAAAAGCCAACGCUCAGAAUGGACUCAACGCUCAGGCACUGGGAGAUGCGCUGAAACGCAUUGAAGACUUAAAAAAGGAGCAGAAGACAGUUAAGGAUCAAAUGGCCAUGGCAGAAGAUGAGCUGCAGAAAACAGAGGAUUUGGUGAAAAUGCUAUCCGACAGCAAAACGGAAUAUGAACAGCUGGCAGCACAGCUGGAUGGGGCCAAAACUGACUUGACCAAGAAGGUGAAUGAGAUUUCCAAGGCAGCAGCCAAGGAGGACAUUGUGGAGGCUGCAGAAAACCAUGCUAAGACCCUUGACAAACUGGCGAAGGAACUUGAAGAUGCUGUGAAAAAUGCAAGUGGACGCACUGAGGUGCGCAACGCCAAAGAUGCCAUUGAUGCCUACAAGAACAUCACAGAUGCAAUCAAUGCUGCUGAAGUUGCAGCUAAUGAGGCCAAAGAUGCAGCAGACAAAGCCCUGGAUAAUGUCAAAAACCAAAGGUUGACAGAGAGAGCAAAAGACCUGAAAGAGACUGGUAAUGACCUGCUGCAGAAUGCAAAGGAUGCAGAUAAAGACCUUAAAGACGCUGCAGAUGACCUUGCUGACCUGAGAAAGCGCCUGCAGAACGCUGACAACAAGAAGAAAGCCCUUCAGAAAGACCUACUUGAUGCACAGAACCAAUUAAACAGCAUCAAAAGAGAUGACAUCAGUAAUAUGAUUGAUGAAGCCAAGAUGAAGGCAGCUGCAGCCAAUAGCACGGCCAGCGACACCAUGGACAAACUGAAUGCCAUCAGAAAGGAAAUUGACAAGAUCAGUGUUUCUCCCGUGGAUCCCAGUCUGAGCAAUGUGUUGGAUGACGUGGACAACUCAGUGAAGAACUUGUUGAAAACCAUUCCAUCUCUAAAUGAUAAGAUCUCAGAGGUGGAGAACCUUACCUCGCAGUUCUCCCCCAUCAACAACAUAACCGAGAACAUCAAGAAGAUCAAAGAGCUGAUUGAACAAGCCCGGGAUGCAGCUAACAGGAUUGCGAUCCCAAUGAAGUUCACAGGUAAUGGCCACGUGGAGCUACGUGCACCGAAGAAUCUGGAGGAUCUGAAGGCCUACACGGCCCUGUCUCUGUCGCUGCAGAGACCUGAAGGCAGAGGAGAUGGAAGACGCAGACGCAGACAGGCCAGAGACAGUGGAGACAUGUUUGUGUUGUACCUCGGUAACAGAGAUUCCUCUAAGAACUACAUAGGCAUGGUUCUCAGGAACAACGUGCUGUACGGUGUGUACAAACUCAACGGAGUCGAGUACGAGAUGAAAACGGGUUACAUCACCACAUCUGUGCCUGAGCCAGCCAAGUUUGAUAGAGUGGACCUACGCAGAAUUUAUCAAGAUGCACAGAUGGUCCUCACCAAAGACAUCACCUCAAACACACCUGCUCAGCCGAUUGAGAGCACCAAGCAAGGAUCGGAGAAUAAAGAUCUCCUGGACCUCAGUCCCAAUGAUAUUGUCUUCUAUGUUGGAGGUUACCCUAACAACUUCACUCUGCCAGAUUCUCUAAAAUACCCCAUGUACCAGGGCUGCAUUGAGUUCUCCUCUUUUAAUGACAAAGUCGUCAGUCUUUACAAUUUCCAAGACUCAAAGAACAUCAAUCUGCAGACUCCAUGCAAGAGAUAUGUACCCCCAAUGGAUUCUGACUACUUUGAAGGCACUGGAUAUGGCAAAAUGGUUAUAGAUAAAAAGAGUUUUGUCCUCCUGAUCGGUAUGACGGUCUAUGCUCGUUCAGAAAACGGUCUGCUCUUAUACUUAGGAGAGGAGGACAACUACUUCCUCGUGACAAUGGAGAAGGGUGUAAUUUUCGCAAGGAGUAAUUUGUUUGAACCAGCUACAGAUAACGAGAAAGUGUUUCCAGCAAGUGACUGGGUAGAAUUCCUCAUCAUUAUCAGAAAGGAAAUGAUGACAGUUCGAGUAGGCAAGAAAGAGUUCUCAGCCGAAGCUGAGUUCAGGCAUGACACAUUUAAAGAAUACUAUGUUGGUGGUGCCCCACAAGACUUGAGGGAGAGACAUAACAUCACCAUACAGCCAUUCAAAGGAUGCAUGAAGAAUCUGAAGCUGAAUAAUAACUUUAAACCUCUUGCUGAGCAAGUGGGCAUCAACAAAGGUUGUCCCAGGGAUUCCUUGUCUGUUCGCAGAGCAGAGUUCAGCCUGGGCAGCUCCCUGUCAGAUAGCCUCACAGGCUUUAGUUUGGCUGAUGAUGUUACUCUCUCCCUCGGAUUUAAGAGCUCAGAGAAUCAGGGUCUCAUUCUGCAGGACAAACAGCUGGCUGAUGGGAUGAAUCUUGUGCUGGAAAAUGGCUAUGUGAUUCUCAGUUUCAACAACAAGAAGUGGAAAUCAAACAAACAAUAUAACGAUGACCAGUGGCAUUAUUUGACUGUAAGCAGAAGAGCUGGAAGGAUUGAGCUGCGUAUUGAUGAUGAAGACAGUGGUCAGGAGCAGAGCGGCAGCACUUCCAUUUCUGAGACAAGGGGCUCUUUGAUCCUGGGACAAGAGAAAUUCAAAGGCUGCGUUUCCAACCUCUACACCAGAAGGCCAGACAAUCUGUACAAGCCUGAGGACUUCAGCACCUUCCAGGCCUCUGGAGACGUCCUGCUGGACGUGUGCACUGCUGACAGUCCAGCUCAACUGAUGCUGGACCGCAUAUCUAAGAAGGAUGCUGUGACGCAGGUGAUAGAUGAGAGUCUAUCAGAGUGUGCUUUACCAGCCCUGGUUCAACAUGCUUAUCGCGUGGGCGGCCCUGUUAGCAGCCUGAGCUACGGCCUUCCACUGCAGGUCCUGCAGCCCAGGCCCCACUUUUCUCUGGACGUCAGGACCCGAGCUGCUGAGGGCCUGCUGUUCUUUGCUGCUACCAGAGGAGGGCGCUCUCACCUCGCUUUAUACAUAUCCAAAGGCAGGAUCAGGCUGUCUGUUGGCAAACAGAAGGAGAUCUUCAACAGAGAGAAACACAAUGAUGGAAAGUGGCACUCGGUCAUAUUCAGUUUGGAGAAGAAGAAAUUUCGGUUGGUUGUGGAUGGUAUCCGAGCUCAGGAUGGUCAGCUGACAAAUGCUGAGUUGACAUCCAUGCAGCAUUUUCUGUCACCUGUGUACCUGGGCAGUGCACCAGAGUCAUUUCACAAGGAGAUGAAGUCAAAGGCCCUUCCAAAGCAAAGUGUGUCUGGCUGUAUCCGCAAUUUCAAAAUGAAUGGAGCACUGAUGUUAAAUCCGACCACAAACCGUGGUGCUGGCCCCUGCUUCGAGGGACAGACACAAAAAGGGGCUUAUUUCUCAGGGAACGGAGCACAUGUCAUUAUCAAUGACUCCUUUGUUGUGGGCUCCAGUUUUGAGCUACUGUUUAAUAUUCGCCCACGCAGUCCGACUGGACUCCUACUACAUGUGGGUGGUUCCAGCAGGAGCCAGUAUGGACCGACGAUGGGACACUAUCUCAGUGUCUACAUGCUCAGAGGAGAGGUAGUGGCAAAAGUGAACAACGGCAAAGGGGAAUUUAUGGUGUCGGUGAAGCCAAAAGCUUCUCUCUGUGAUGGAAUGUUUCAUAAAGUCUCCGUAAUCAAGAGGAAAAAUGUUGUGCAACUGCAUGUGGACACGAUAGACAAUUACAAGAUUGGACCACCCUCUUCCACCGAAAAUUUGACCAAAGACUCCUUGUAUGUGGGUGGCAUUGCUAAGAUGUCAGUGCAACAGGAGCUCCCCGUCACAUCGUCCUUUGUGGGAUGCAUCCAGGACAUGAGGAUCAACAGCGAGCCGGUUUCUUUUGACAGGCUGUCUGGUGUGUUCGGUCCAGUCAACCUCAGAGAGUGUCCAGGCUGAACGAAUGCACCUCGCCGCAUCAUCAUCGUAGGGACCACAUCCACUGCCAACCAUGUGCAAUCUGUUAGCAAGACAGAGAAUGUGUUUGCGCGUAAGAAUGUGUAUAUUAUGAAUGUGCAUUAGUGUGUGUGUGGGUGAGUGUAAAAUAGAGAUAUGAGCAGCAGCUUACAGGUUCAUAAUAUUUGCUGCUUGAUUAUACAUUUCUGUAUUUAUUUUGUGAUAAAAUCAUGUAUCAUGGCACCAGUUCACAAAUGCAUAGUCUAACAGAUGUUUUACAGUCUGAUUUGUUGAUCAACAAUCAAAUGCUACUGAAUAAUUCUCGUGACUGGUCAGUAUGAGCGAUGCAGCACUUUAAGAAAACAACUAAUGCCGUCGUGUCGGCGCUUUAAUGGAGAUUGACAUUAUUGGUUGACUUUUUUUGUUUGUUUGUUGGACUCAAAAGUUGAUACAAGAAAAUAAACGUUUACACCCAAGGUGCUCAGUUCAGUGGCAUUUUCGGGGUUGCCCAGCUGUUUUAUAUUCACAUCCAUGUGACAGCAUGUAGAACUCUGGAUUUUACCCGAGCUGACAGAUGUGGGGUCUUCACAUAGGCCAUGAUAUCAUGUUUGUUUAUCCAUUUUUGUAUUGCUGUAUCAAUUUCCCAAUUUGCAUUCCUUUUUCAUUCACGAGGAUGUACUUUGUUGCUGAUAAUGUCAGUUACACCAGAAAACAGCAUGUACUGAAUUUUGCGGAGCAUUGCCUAAAACCAGUAUAGAUGCCAUUAGCAUAAGUCUCACAGGUCUGGUCAGUCAUUUUUGGGACCAUGUCGCCCAUAUUACUAUAAAGUUUAAAGUAUUCUAAUAAAAAACAAAAUGUAUUUGAUGUAUUUAAAUUCCCCAGAAAGUGUUUACUUACCUGCUUCGUACAUCUUUGGAAACGUGUGAUGUGACAAAAAAUAUGCAUGAUGAUUGAACAUAUUUUUACAUGCAUUCCUGUCUUGUGACCACUGAUUUGUUAAUCAUUUUGUAAUCUCUUCAGUUAAUGCUCUUUAUAAAUAAUUUUCAGUGCCAUAAGUAGGCCUUGUGAUAAUGGUGACAACCCACUUUAUUCUAUGUGUUAAGACAUGUAUUUUUUCAGACAUUUGGGAUUAAUUGUUGAAUUAUACUCAGCAACUGUGUAUACUUUUGAUUGUAAGAUUAUAAAAACAUAAUAUGCAUUUUUUUUGAAGUAUGUUUAAUAUUGGUGUGAGGAAACUGUGAUUCACAUCUGCUGUGUUGGAAUACAAGACAUGUUCAUCUGUC